AUGCUUCUCAUCGACAUCUUCUCGCUCUGCCUCCGCAUUGGAGAGCUUGCCUUCACCGCCGUAGUCGCUGGCUUGACAGGUCAAUACCUGCACCAGCACAAAGGAGCCCGAGCAUGGGACGAGAAGCGCUUCAUCUAUACCGAAGUCAUUGCCGCCAUCGGCAUUCUCUACUCUCUUCUCUUCCUCCUGCCAUUCAUGGCUAGCUUCAUCCACUGGCCCAUGGACUUCCUCCUCUUCGCGGGAACCAUGAUCGCCUUUGCUCUACUUGCUCACUAUGACAACAACUGCGGCUCUAUCUGGAACUGGAAUGGAAUCACUGGAGGCAACACCUGCGACAAGUUCAGAGCUGACCUUGCAUUCCUGUUCUUGGCUUCCAUCUUCUUCCUCGUUUCUGCUCUUCUCGGCAUUUAUGUCAUGCACCGCCAUGCUCGGACAACACACGUCGACAAGACCUCCACCCGCAGACGUCGCUGGUAUAGCCGUCGCUACUAG